CCGCCCCCUCCGCAGCCCCAGCCGCCGGCUGCCGCCCCGCAGGCCGGGGAGGACCCCACGGAGACGAGCGACGCACUGCUGGUCUUGGAGGGUUUGGAAUCCGAGGCAGAGAGCCUGGAGACGAACAGCUGCUCGGAAGAGGAGCUCAGCAGCCCGGGCCGCGGAGGCGGAGGGGGCGGCCGGCUUCUGCUGCAGCCCCCAGGCCCCGAGUUACCUCCGGCCCCCUUCCCGCUGCAGGACUUGGUCCCCCCCGGACGCUUGAGUCGAGGGGAGCCGCAGCAGCACCCGCCUCCGCCCCCGCCGCCCCCUGGGCCCCUCCGGCCGCUCGCAGGCCCCUCGCGCAAGGGCUCCCUCAAAAUCCGCCUCAGUCGCCUCUUUCGCACGAAGAGCUGCAACGGCGGCUCCAGCGGUGGGCAUGGGACCGGCAAGAGGCCUUCUGGAGAGCUGGCCGCUUCCGCUGCCAGCCUGACCGACAUGGGUGGCUCUGCGGGCCGGGCGCUGGACGCGGGGAGGAAACCCAGGUUGACAAGAACUCAAAGUGCCUUUUCUCCGGUCUCCUUCAGCCCCCUGUUCACAGGUGAAACAGUGUCACUUGUGGACGUGGACAUCUCUCAACGGGGCCUGACCUCUCCACAUCCUCCAACUCCCCCUCCUCCUCCGAGAAGAAGCCUCAGCCUCCUAGAUGAUAUCAGUGGGACGCUGCCUACAUCUGUCCUUGUGGCUCCGAUGGGGUCUUCCCUGCAGUCCUUCCCCCUACCUCCGCCUCCUCCACCCCAUGCCCCAGAUGCGUUUCCCCGGAUUGCCCCCAUCAGAGCAGCGGAGUCCCUGCAUAGCCAGCCCCCCCAGCACUUCCAAUGUCCUCUCUAUCGGCCUGACUCGAGCAGCUUUGCGGCCAGCCUCCGAGAGUUAGAGAAGUGUGGUUGGUAUUGGGGGCCAAUGAAUUGGGAAGAUGCAGAGAUGAAGUUGAAAGGGAAGCCAGAUGGUUCUUUCCUGGUACGAGAUAGCUCUGAUCCUCGUUAUAUCCUGAGCCUCAGUUUCCGGUCACAGGGUAUCACCCACCACACUAGAAUGGAGCACUACCGAGGAACCUUCAGCCUAUGGUGUCAUCCCAAGUUUGAAGACCGUUGUCAGUCGGUGGUAGAGUUCAUUAAGAGGGCCAUCAUGCAUUCCAAGAAUGGGAAGUUUCUCUAUUUCUUGAGAUCCAGAGUUCCAGGACUGCCGCCAACUCCAGUCCAGCUGCUCUACCCGGUGUCCCGAUUCAGCAAUGUCAAAUCCCUCCAGCACCUUUGCAGAUUCCGAAUUCGACAGCUCGUCCGGAUUGAUCACAUCCCGGAUCUCCCACUGCCUAAACCUCUGAUCUCGUAUAUCCGAAAGUUCUACUACUAUGAUCCUCAGGAAGAGGUGUACCUGUCUCUAAAGGAGGCGCAGCUCAUUUCCAAACAGAAGCAGGAAGUGGAACCCUCCACGUAGCGAGGGGCCCCUGAUGGUCACCACCAAGGGCGUCUGGUUACCAAGCUCCAGUUUUGAAGAACCAGAUGAGGGUGCUGUGCAGACGAGUGAGGAAGACACAGGGGACAGGAAGGGCCGGGAUUCUCUGUGCAGAGCGUGGGUCCCUCCGUAGCCCUGGGGGCUCAGAAGCACACAAGCCCAUCCUCGGAACGCGGACAGCACCUUUCACAUCCAGCCCCUGCAGUCUCUUGGAACUGGGCGAGCGCCUCAGAAAACUGGAAGAAGUCUCAACACUGUUUCUUUUUCAGAAGUUUUAUUUUUGAUAUUUGUCUUUCUCGGUAUGGAGACUCACCUCAAAGGCAGCUGAGGUUUGUGCCCACUGGAUUGGAAGUGGUGUGGAAGAUGAGCAGGUUCA